AUGGAAGACGCAGACAGGAGGAGCCAAAUUUUACUAGCGUACGGGUCCCAGUACGGCACUGCGUACGAUUGCUGCAGAAUCAUUUUGUACGAAUUGUAUCGAAGCUUCCACAUGGACUUCUUAUGCCUGAAUGACGUCAAUUUGAUGAGCUUUCACAGGUACGAAAAUGUCAUUAUCAUUGUUAGUACAACAGGGUAUGGCUUCUACACACAUAACAUGUCCAAGUUCUGGAUAGCUAUGCAUAGGGCUAAGGUAAGGUUUCACGAAGGUACAUAUUUUCAUUUGUUCGGAUUGGGUGACAGUUCAUAUGAUAACUACAACAUAGUGGCCAAGAAAUUAAAGAAAAAAUUAAAAUCGCUUAAUGCAAAUGUUAUAAAUUACAAUUUAGGGAAUUAUCAACACCCAUCUAUGCAUUUUUCAAACUUUACCAUUUGGAAAAAUAAUGUCUACCGAUUUCUGAUGAGGAGAUAUGCCCCCUUUGAGUUAAAUGAGGACGUCCCUCUGUUGUACUCCAUCAGGAAGGUACCUCCCUUAGCAAGUGUGGUGGACACCCACGACGAGGGGGAAAAAAAGGGAAAAUAUAACCACAGCAAUGCGGGGGGCCAUUAUAACCACACUACUGAGACAGAAUACAUAAGGGAGAUUCACCCCAAGGGGGAACAACAAAUCGGAAGGGACUCACCCAAAAGGGAGGAAAAACACAUGGAACACACCAAUAAUCUGCAUAGUGGCGCUCCCGGAAUUGGCGACUUCCAUCCGGAUGAACACUUUUGUACACUGUUAAAACUUUCCAAAUUUGAAAUUUUAAAAAAUGAAAGGUGCACAGAUAGGUCCCACUUCCAAGAUGUAAGGUGCAUCGACCUGGUGGCACCACCCUCUCUGUCCUUCAAUGUGAGCAGCUUGUUAAAUGUGCACCCAUUUUUAAACGAGGACAAAACGAAAGAGGUAUUGAAGAUGUUAAAAAUUGACUAUGAUGAAUAUGUUGUUGUUCAGCAGAACUACUCGGAGGAUAAAAGAAGUAUCACAGAUAGCCUUCCGAUUAACAAAAGGAUAAAGGUACUCCACCUAUUUAUGUACUUCCUAGAUUUAAGCAAAAUGGUUGCCCCCUUUUUUUUCACCUAUCUAAGUAAAAGAACGACGAGCGAAAUGCACAGGAAGAAAUUCCUACAGUUGGCAAAUACAGACCAAAUUGCCGAUUAUUUUUCCUACAUAUAUCAAGACAAGAGAUCCUACUACGACAUCUUAUGCGAUUUUUACACUUACAUACAAGUCGAUGUGACCUUUCUCGUGAACACUCUUCCGAACAUUCAGCACAGAUCCUAUUCGAUAAUGAACCCAAUGGAAUACUACAACUAUGUAAAAAUGAAAUUUAACCCAUAUCAUCUGUACCUGCAUCGUGUUAACCCCGUUUUUUUGUCCCUACUAUCCUUUUUAAAGAUCCAUUUUUACACAAAGGGGAAUGGAGGAGCCGGAAAUAUUUUCGCUCAGUACACGGCGGAAAUGUGGACGAGUCGUACCUUGAAAUUUGUAAACUUCAUGAGGAACAAAUUAAGAAACCGCAGGACGAACAUAAUCGAGUUAUUGGUUAGUCUUUACCAUGUUGAAAUAAACAAAAAUAAAAAGUUGGUGGGUCUCUGUUCAGAUUAUUUAGUUAACUCCAAAGAAGGAUCUUUUAUUUACGCUCAAAUUCAGGAUAGUCUCCUAUGGUUUAAUAAAAAUGUCCUCAACUUAGCCUACCGAAUUGUUUAUAUUUCUACCGGCUCGUCGUUUAGUAGCUUCGUGGGCGUUAUCAGAUACCGCCACGAUCUGCACAUGAAGCGGAAGUCUACAGAUAGGGGAGGAAAGGAAAAGGAGCAGAAUCGACUCGCCGCUCCCGUUCUAAAAGAUUUUCUCUUCCUUGGACUUCGCAACAGGCUGCAUGACUUUUACUUCGAAGACCUUCUUCGAGCGGUUACUUAUUUCAACUACAUUUUUAUGGCCUUCUCGAGGGACCCAAACGACAAUUUUGCUUUUCUUAACGAGGAGGUGGAACUGAAUUGCGCACCUAGUCCUAUUAGCGGCGGGAUCAGCGGCCGGGUUAGUGGUGGUAUGAACGGUAGCACUGGUCAUCACUGUGACGAUGGCUAUCGAGGCCGCUGUCACCCCCAAAUCCACUACGGACAUGUAAAACAGCUGCUAAGCGAGAAGAAAAAAAAAAUAUACGUGACUGACAUCGUGCUGGCCAUGCAAGACUGCAUCUACGACCUCCUGACGCAGCCGGACACGAUAUUCCUCGUAUCGGGAAAAUCACGCCCCUUCGCGCAGAACCUCAUCAAAGCCUUCGGGAACAUCAUCAAGCGGAAGGAGCCGCAUAGAACCGAGGAGCACAUUCAUUCCUUUUUAAGACAAAAAGUGGACGAUUUUUCGAUAAUAGUGGAAUCAUGGUACUGA